AGUCACAUCAACUUUUUUGGUUAUUCGCUUGGUUGACUUUCCUUUUAACUUGCUUCGACCCUUCUCUGUGUUUUGCUCGUCGUUGUAUCACUUCCACGACUUUAUAUCCUGUAGCGACAGUCACUCCUUUGUCCAAACGCUCCUUCGCUAUACCUAUACCCUCAAAAACAACCAUCCCAAACCUCACCUGACUUUCGGUCUAUAGUUCUCAACGCUAAUGUUUUCUAUCUUCCUCCUCGUUGCUGCGGUCCUUCCUUUCACGGUUGGUGGUGCGCUUGGACAUAUCCAGCGUGUACGCCAUCAUGAAUUAGCCCAGCGGGCGCGAGGUGACGUGGGCAUACACAAACGCUUCGACAACGCACGCUUCACCUUUUAUGACGUUGGCUUGGGUGCUUGUGGGCAGUACAGCUCUCCUAGUGAUUUCAUUGUCGCCGUCAACGUCAUACAGUAUGGUCCUGGUUUCCCAGGUCCGCUGUGUUUCAAGCCCAUUACUAUCUCCUGUGGGGGCAAAACUGCCCAGGCCACUAUCAUGGAUAAAUGUAUGGGGUGCCCGGACGGCGGGCUUGACUUCUCUAAGGGUCUCUUCGAUUUCUUCGCUUCUGAAGAUGCAGGCGUUUUGUACGGAAUGUGGUGGUUCAAUGAUGACGUCAGCGAACUUCCUACACCAUCCAUGAGCCCCGAAUGGACGCCCACGCCGAUCCCCGCUUUGUCCACGCCUACGCCUACACCUACGCCUACGCCUACGUUCACAUAUGUGUCAUACCAACACCAUCAAGCCGCUGACACCACAUCCACAGUCGAAACCAGUACUACUUCUGUGACCCCCGCCAGUACUCCUUCUCCAACCGAAAGUAGCACUACUUCUGAGACUCCCACCAGCACUCCUUCUACAACCGAAACUAGCACUACUUCUCCAACACCCACUAGCACCCCUUCUGAAACACCCACCAGCACCCCUUCUGCGACUGAAACCAGCACCACUGCUACUGCUACAAACUCUUCAAUCUCGAUGACCUACGGCACAGAUAUACCAAUUCCUACUGGCGCUGUAGCCAUACCCGUACCCGUACCUGCACCCAACUCUGCAAAUCCACAAAACAUCGAGAUUCUCGGUGAAGCCCUCGUCGGCAUUGGCAUGUUGGUUGUAGGGAGUAAGCAGGGCAAUUAGGCUACUUUUGGCAAAGGCUGCUCUUUCUCCAUCUAUUCUUAAUACGUAACCAAGACUGCCGUGAUGGUUCUGAAUUAGUGGGCGAUGAUGUGAUGUACAUUCAUGCGGAACUUCGCUCAGUCCAUUUUUCCAUAAACUCAAUUUGCAUUCGUACAAUAACACAUAAUAUACACGAUCUU